AUGACAGGGGAUGUUGUCCCAGCUCCCCAGCAGGGGGACCCAGCUGUGGCGGCACCCGCCCUUGGGGAGCCCAUGGAUGUGGAGUGUCCCAUCUGCUACCAGGAGUACGACCAGUACAACAAAUGCCCACGGAUGCUGGAGUGCCUCCAUGUUUUUUGCACUGAGUGCCUCCAGAAGAUCCAACUCUGCCCAAGCGAGCCCCCUGACACCCGUAGCCCACCAGCCAUUCCCUGCCCCCUGUGCCGCCACCUCACCCCCCUAGAAACUGGGGAUGCCCUCUCUUUACCCUGCAACUCCCGCAUCCUGGCCAGGCUGCCCCCCAUGGCUUUCCGCCUGCCUGUGACCACGGCCACCCGCCUUGCCACGGUCACCCAGAGAGUGGUACUCUCCUUGGAGGGAGACAGCAGGGACACCCGCUACAUCAUCCUGCCCACUGUCAGCCUGCGGGUGCAGCAGAUGCACCCAGACAGACCGUACGGCACAGCGCCAGGCCUGGUGGGUGAAGAGGAAGUCAUACAGCAGAGCAAGAAGACGCUGUUCUGUGUGCAGCUGCUAGCUGUCAUCUUCUGGGUUCUGUUUGUGAUCACCUGUGUGGUCGGGGUGGUGUUUGGGCCACAUUUCCUGAACAGGAAAAAUUAA